AGAACUUUCAGUUCGUAACAGACAGCUGCUUACGCAGAGAGGCAACAACUAACCCUUUUCUCUCUCUCUCUCUCUCUCUAACCUUAACUUCCGCAAAACCUCAAAUCAUUUUCUUCGAUUCAACAACCAUGGACUCCGACGAGAAAUUAACGGCUUUGAAGAAGGCGUAUGCGGAUAUUAUAUUGAAUACUGCGAAAGAAGCAGCCGCAAGAAUUAUGGUGUCUGAGCGGAAAGCUAGUCGGUUCGAAUACGAGUUAAAGAAUGCUAAAGAAGAUGCGGUUCGGAUGCUUUUGAGAGUGAAGCAGAUGAUGGAUUUUCAGAUUAAGGAAGCAGCAAUGGUAUCCUGUACCCAACAAAAGAAAAUUGACGAGCUUGAAGCGCAGCUUCAGGAAGCCGAAGACAUAGUAAAAGACCUCAGGGAGGAAUUGAGAGCAGUUGAAGCAGAACUUGAGAAUUUUUCACAAAGGAAAGAAGUAAAGCAUGCAGUACAAGUAGAUAGCGCACCGAUUUGUGAAUCCGUUACAUUCCCUCCCUCAAGAGUACAACACAAUUCCUAUAUAGAUCAAACAGACAAAAGCCAGAGACUGUAUAAUUCUUUAUUGCCUUUAAAGAAAUCUUUAAUCGGGGAUUUGCCUUCUAUAAUACUGAGAAGCAAAGAAACAGAGCUAUAUAGAAAUGGGUGUACUCAAAGAAUCCGUGCGUGUGAAGUACUAGGGAAAGCAAAUGAUUUAAACAGAAACAUAAAACCGGAGUCGAUUUCUAAAGAGGGUGAAGUGCUAAAGAAAGAAAUAGUUUUGGAGCAAGUGAAGGAGACGGAGUUAGCAGUUGAUGAUUCUUGUUUGACUUCUCCAAGUUCAGUCAGACAUACAAAUGAUACAGCCAUCGAUGAAAAUAUAACAAGAACAUGCAAUAGUCAAAGCACAAGUGGAGAGGAAGUUAUGCUCGUGGGACAAGAAAAAGGAGAGGCAGAUGUGCCCUCAGUGAGUACGGUGUCGAACGUUGGUAAGAUCGGCGAGGUUCCAAGUCAAUCUUUGACUGAUAGAGUGAUAAAGUACACGUUCCAGAGGAAGAGGAAACGGGGUGCUUUGAUUGAUGGAAGCGGAUCUAGUGAACGGAGCCACGAGAACCAAACGGCUCAUGUGGGACCUGUGAAGGUGAACUUGAUUGGAGAAUCAACUCCAGAAAAGAUACGUCUGGAACAGGUUGCUCACCAGCUUAUAUCUUUAUCUGAUAAAAAAUGGGGGUGGUGAAACUGAGGAAGAAGCAAAUGAUGAUUUUCAAGGGUGGCAUCAAAGAAGAUGUUUAUGGAAAGCUUAUAAGUAUACCGACCCGUGUACAAACUGUAGUUUAUGCAGUGUUCUCUACUGCCCGGAAUUUUUCGCUUUGAAUAUUUUUUUGUUAUUUUUGAAAUAUGGAUGUUUUUGCAUGAUUUUGGUUGUUCAGGAUGCAAUCACUUGUUCAAAAUGGAACGCAAUAGCAUCUCAUCUCAUUUCAUGCUAGUUGAGCAAAUAUGAGGAAAUCAUCGUUAUCUUGA